AUGGGUUGGACGAUGUUGUUUUCCACCUCCUUUUUCUGUGCUGCUCACGGUCUCUCGGUGUAUCUUUCCCUCUACUGGUCCCAAUUAAGUCGUUUAUUCCCUCCUGAGUAUCAAUUCAACGUAGCGUUAUUCGUGGAAACUGGCCUACAUGCACUGUCAAAGAACAGGCCUAGGACGAGUGGGAGCCCGCCAACGUCCACAUCCACGUCCACGGCCUCAAUCCAGUCUAUAGAUGGUAUUACGAUAUCUUCUCGAUUGAUAGUCACUACUGGGUCUUCUUAUAGAGAUCAGUCACUCAAGUCCAAAAUCAAAGUUGAUAG